AUGAGGCUCUAUAAAGACGUCCCCUUUGAUGGUCGAUUCGUGGUAUCAAACCCAGGACCACAGUGGAUGGAAGUGGUUGCCCGCGAGAACAGCACUUUUGGGGACAUGAUCGUGCUGGACCACAUUCCGGAAGACGACAUUACUGCGAAUACGAUAAAGACGCUGGAGUUCUUCAAAUGGCUUGUUGCUCAUAGUCGCAAGUACGAGUUUGUCUCGAAGAUGGAUACAGACUUGUGGCUGAACGCCCGAGGGUUUUGGGAUCGCUUCCUUUUCCCGAGGUUGCUCCAGAACGAUACGGGGAUUUUCACUGCCACUGUCGAGCGUACAGUCAUCGGUGAGCUGUAUUACUCCAAGUAUUGGGACCUCACUUUCCCUCACGGAGCGAUGUACACGGUCACAUGGGAUAUGGUUCAGCUCUUGUCGUCGCUUCAAGAGAGAUUCAACGUGAUCACUGGCGAGGACAUGGCGGUGGCAACGCUCAUGUUGAAGGGACGCGAGAGAGCCAAUUUUGUCAACUUCCGAGGGUCGGAGAAGUUCGACUACAACGACGAAGACGCUCGAGAUGACGGUUCAGCGUGGGCGAGACAAAAGACGCAUCCGAACGCUAUCGACCACGCUGUUGUAGGUCCCAACCCCAUUGCUGUCCAUCAGCUCAAAGACGAGAUGUUCUGGUUUAAGGUAGCAGACUGCUUCGAUGAGGAUGGGGUGAAGGAUAUGCCAUCACGUUCAAGUUAUGCUUCUCAGACACCGAUGUCGAUGAGAUGGCACGAUGUGUGGUAUUCGCUGGGAGUUUCGAGUCGGUACGAGUCUAGGUUUGAUAGGAUACCAGACUUUCUGUGGACGGUAGAAAACGGCGAUUGGAUAUGCGAUGGUAUUUGGAAUCUGGGAAAUAGAAAAACAGGAUACGCAUAG